GUGCCGGCCGUUAUUUGGAAUGAGCGAACGGUAAGUCAAGCCGAGAUCGAGCAAGCCAAUGCUUACUCGCUGUGGCAUAUUCUACCAUAAGUUGGUUCUAUAUCCCGGCGAAUCCUUGGAGAGAAAGGUUAGGAUUCUACAAAAUCGUUGUGACCAAGAACACUACCCCAUAAACUUCAUAUAUCAUCAGUUUCUUAAGCAUUUCGUUUUCUAAAUGGUGUUCGCAUUCUUGAACAACAAGACGCAGUCAUAUUCAAAGCUUGAAACAGGCGAAAAUGGCGAAGAAUCAGCUACUCACCAGUCACACCAAACUUUUGGACGUUGGAGAGCCGUCGUUGGAGUUCUUGUCCUCGUUUGUAUUUCCGCUGCCACUGGGUUCCUCACUGCAAAGUGGUGUGACUCUGGUCCAAAACACUAUGGCGAGCAUAUCAGCACCAUCGGGUUCCAUCACCACAGUAAUGAAAUACAACCGAACGUUUUCGGAUCCACCAUCUGAAGACACUUCCCAAGCUUGGAACGGGAUCUAUCCAAAAGGAGUCGGAUUUGUUCAGCACCCAACCCUCGCGCCUGAGCCUUCAGGCCUCUCUGUUUUCCAUCAACUCCAUUGUCUGGACGCUCUGAGGAUUGCUUAUUAUACCGCGCUGCAAGGCCAUCCUUCUCAUCCAACCUCACAUGCCGAUCAUAACGAACAUGAUGACCCCCACCAUGUGCGGCACUGUUUUGACUAUAUCCGCCAGAGCCUUAUGUGUCAUGCGGACACUAACUUGGAGCCUGUGGAUCCAAAACUUGGAGGCACCACAGGUUGGGGAAGUCCUAAGACGUGUCGAGACUAUCAUUCCGUGAAACAAUGGGCUAAACAUUGGAUGGCAAGAAAGGAGUGAUUGGAAUUUUCUUUGCGUUUAGGGUAUUCAAGAAUAUAAUUUGAUGAAUC